CCUGCCACUGCCAUUGACAUUGACCGUCGGACUGCUGACAAUCCAGUAUUAUCAAUGAGUACAACACAUGCUCUUCCGCCGCUGGAUCCUUUACUGAGGAGGAGUGCAAAGCGCACAAGAGACAUAUUUGCAUCAUGUCCAAAUGACGGGAUGAAGGAAGAUGAGAAGAGUGCGCGAAUACGUCUGUCGGUGAAAAUUAACGAUGAAUACCGUGAUUUCAAAGAGCUCCCUCCUGCAUUACUUGCCCAACAAGGCCCUAUUGGACCUGCUCGGCCAAAGGAGCAGACAAAGUCUAUGGCACUCAUUGCCGCAAUAGACAACACACCUAAAGUGCAACCGUCCACGUUCUCUACAUCUGAUAAGCUCUCCGAGGCUUUGACCCUACACAAAACAACUCGUACCAUCAAGCCAACAUACCAUGCUCCAUGGAAGCUGUCUCGCGUCAUAUCCGGUCAUCUGGGUUGGGUUCGUAGUGUGGCGGUCGAGCCAGGGAAUAAAUGGUUUGCUACUGGUGCUGGAGAUAGAGUUAUCAAAAUUUGGGACUUGGCUUCAGGGGAGUUGAAGCUUUCCCUGACCGGUCAUAUUUCCACUGUCCGAGGGCUGGCCGUUUCACCGAGACACCCGUACUUGUUUUCGUGUGGUGAGGACAAGAUGGUCAAGUGUUGGGAUCUCGAAGCCAAUAAAGUCAUCCGGCAUUAUCAUGGUCAUCUUUCAGGCGUUUACUCGUUGAGUUUACACCCGACGUUGGAUGUUUUGGUCACAUCCGGUCGCGAUGCCUCAGCUCGUGUCUGGGAUAUGCGCACAAAGGCCCAGAUUCAUGUUCUCGCUGGGCAUUCCGCAACAGUAGCUGACGUCAAAUGCCAAGAAUCUGAUCCACAAGUCAUCACUGGAAGUAUGGACUCGACGGUUAGACUGUGGGACCUAGCAGCUGGAAAGACGAUGGUCACCCUCACUCAUCACAAAAAAUCUGUAAGGGCCCUGGCAAUUCACCCAACAGAAUAUUCCUUUGCAUCAGGUUCUGCAGGCGGUAAUAACAUAAAAAAAUGGAAAUGUCCAGAGGGUGCAUUUGUACACAAUUUCCCCGGUCAUAACGCUAUCAUAAAUACGCUUUCUGUCAACGCAGAAGGCGUAUUUUUCUCUGGUGGUGACAAUGGCACACUCACGUUCUGGGAUUACAAUACGGGGACUCCAUUCCAAAAUCUUGAUGACGUACCUCAACCCGGCUCCCUCGAGGCGGAAGCCGGCGUCUUUUGUUCGACCUUCGAUAUGACCGGAACACGGCUCAUCACUGGUGGAGCUGACAAGACUAUCAAGGUUUAUGCCGAGCAGUCGCAAUGAUUGCUGCACAUUUCGCUACAGAGUCUUGUUGUAGUAUUGUAUUGUACUUAUUAUUACGUGUGGGCAGUGGAAAACAUGGCAUUACACGCAGAUGAGGUCCGAAGUCCAGUUAAAAUUGACAAGAAUCAAGCCAAUACGUGAAGACAUGGG